GUUUGACCGGGAGUCACUUGCUGCUCAUGUUUGGAUUCUCGUCACUGAAAACCAGAUGAAGUUCAGGAUAAGAACAACGCAAAACCAGUUUAAAGAGCUCAAGAGCACCGUCCUCUGGCAAAAAAGAACACAUCAUUUUGGUGGAUUACACUUUCUCAUCUUCAUGUACUCUCUUCAUUCACCGAAGGAGCUCAACUGGUUUUUGUGAUUCUUUUAAAUUUGGAUUAUUUUUUUUUCACAGUUUAAUGGACAAAAGCCUGACAAGAAGAUGACUUCCUAGUUGUUCAUUGUAAAUAGAAUACAAGAAAAGAAAUAUCAAGCAUGGAAGCUUUAAGCUCUGCUCAUGCAGAGCAUACAACACCCACAUUACCCAUCUACCCUGAUACCACUGCUCCCAGCUGCCUGCAGUUCUUCUUGAAAUACUUAGACAAUUCUGUUAUUGUGGAGCAUUAUAACUAUACUGGUAAGCUGAAAAACCGGGAGGAGGGCCUUAAACCAGAGAGUAUUGCAUUCUUGGUGGUGUGUCUCCUCAUCGUCUUGGAGAACGCUGUGGUUCUCAUCACCAUUUGGAGGAACAAAAAGUUUCACCUGCCCAUGUAUUACCUCCUAGGAAACCUGACUCUAUCUGAUCUAUUAGCUGGGAUAACUUACAUGGCAAACAUUAUCAUGUCUGGACCUAAUACGUUAAAACUGACACCACUGCUCUGGUUUCUCCGGGAAGGAGGGGUCUUCAUCACACUGGCUGCCUCUAUCAUUAGUCUGCUGGCUAUAGCGAUUGAACGGCAUGUUACUAUGGUGACCAUGAGGCCAUAUCACGGAGCAAAAAAAGGACGGAUGUUGGCACUGAUUGGUGCAAGUUGGGCCCUGUCGGGUCUUCUGGGGGUCCUACCAAUUUUGGGAUGGAACUGCAUGUACAGACUAGACAAGUGCUCCACAGUUCUCCCACUUUAUGCCAAGAGCUACAUCCUCUGCUGUGUAUCUGUGUUCAGUGCAGUGUUACUGGCCAUAGUGGUUCUCUAUGCACGGGUUUUCCGCAUCGUCCGCAACAACACACAGCGUCAGCGGCUGACCCUAUCAGGCAGCAUGAGGAAAGGCUUAGCAAGGAAGUCACAAAAGUACAUCGCUCUCCUCAAAACAGUCACCAUUGUACUGGGUGUCUUCAUCGCCUGCUGGAUGCCACUAUUCAUCCUACUCCUUCUUGAUUUUUUCUGUCCCACCGGCAGCUGCAGACUGCUCUACAAAGCUGAUUACUUCCUGGGAGUAGCCAUAGUCAACUCACUCCUCAACCCCAUCAUCUACACUUUGACCAGUAAAGACAUGAGAAGAGCCAUUCUGAGGCUCCUCUGUCGGCCGUGUCUCAUGACCAGAGAUGGCCAAGUGAAGAAGAUUGGGAUGCCAUUCCUGGAGUGCAGUUUCAGUAAAACUGAGGUGGCCACGCAGAAGUUAGAGCCUGGACAGGAGACAACCAUCUCCUCUGGAAAUGUUGUCACGACUCCAUCUCCAAUAAAGACUCUCUACCCUAAACUCUUCAAGUCAUAAAUGGACUAAAGUGUCGUAAUGCAUGAAUGAGUUUCCCACAGAUAACAUGUAGCACACCAUUUACACAAAGUAAGCAAACAGAUCUUUCAAAUCUAGAACAGAUGGUGUAUGAAAUAUUGUAAAGGAAUUCACCACCACUACAGGUUGAAAGAGACUCAUGAGGCAAAUGUUUCACUUCGACAAGUCUGGAGUGGAUUAGUUUUAACUACACAACCAUAACAAAACACUUCAAUGUGAAAAUGAUUACAAAACAAAGACUAAGUGGAUGCAACUCAAAUGUGAAUAUGUAUCUUUUGUACAUGUAUAUAUAAACUCUUGUUUAUCGAUUUUGCACUGAAUUGUCACGAAGAGUGGAAAAAUAGCAUUGAACUCAGUUAAGGUCUGUUGCUAAUCUUUUCUAAGCUUGGAAGAACAUUCUUCUUUAAACACAAAUGUCCUUUUAUUGAGUGAACUACAGAUGGUACAUUGUCACCGAGACUUGCUGGCUCACUGGUGAACCAGAGUGUGGCUAUGUUCCCCCUUUUUGCAGUUUAUUUUUUGAAGUGCCUUAGCCAAGCAUGCACUCCUCUAGCAUGUGCAUGGUGUAAUCUGAACAUCUGUAGACACCUGGGUUUUGCUGGUUCGAAGACCUAGUCUUUGCUAGAUUUAUUGUGAUUAUAUUGCACGGAAUACACCUACACAUAACUGAAGGAAAGAGUUGAGACUGAAAGACAACAGAGAAGAUAGAUUUGGCACCUACUCUAUAACACAGGAACUUUUGCCUGGUGAAGAAUGCAGAGAUGUAGUUGCAGGAGGGAGUUAGACGGGAAAUUGAAAUCCCCCACUCUUUUGAAAUGACAGAUGGUUACUUGAUUAGAUGCUGUGUGGAAAAUUGGGUUGUUGUUUUUUUUUUCCUUUUAAAUGUCACAUCAGAGUGCCCAAAAAGAAAAACAACAGCAAAAUGUCAAUAUGUAUUGGGACUGUAACUACCAGAUGUAACUGACGUGGUUUUUUUUGUUUUUUUUUAACAUACAUGCAGAUUGUUGGAUCCAGACUGAACCAGAUCAACACUUCUAUCACCUGUGUUGUAUAUAUUCACCAAUUAAACUCCUCCAUCAGAUAUUGGUUAAGCAACUUCUAAUGAUGUGAGGGACUCCAAUAAAUCAUUGUUACGGAGCUGCAUCAGAGGUUUUAGAUGUGCCUGUACUUGUAAACUAAGUGCUGAUGAAUCAGGAAAUAUUUGCCACUGUACAGUUAUUAAAUUCAGUGGUAACUAUUAAGUAGAAACAACAUUUUAGUUUAUGGUUUAUGGUACUAAAUACAUUUUUGGGGUUUGGCAUCAGACUUUUUAUACAAAUACUUUUAUAACAAUUUGUAUGGACAUUGACAAAUGAGGCAGUGUAAUUAUUUGUACUGUAAUUCAUGUAGUGAACUUUGUAUUUUUGUAUUUCUGAAGACUUUUUGUUUCAUUUGUGUUAUAAAUUAUAGCAGCAGCAACUUUAUUUUUCUUUUCGUAAAAGAAAUAAAAAUUCUCUCUUGAAUGAU